AUGCUUGAGAGAAAUACCACAUUUCAGGAUGAAUCUUCAGCGUACUGUGUCGAUGCGAAGUUCAAAGGGAAUGUGUCACGAUUCAUAAAUCAUAGUUGUGAGGCGAAUCUAGUCAUCUUGCGAGUGGUCUGGGAUGCAAAUAUACGCCAUUUUCCGCACAUCUGCUUCUACGCCAGGAGGGACAUCCAACAGGGCGAGGAACUGACCAUUGAUUAUGGAAAUCAGUGGUGGGACGUGAAAUUAAGAGAUUUCUCGUGCCAGUGCGGCUCGGUUGCUUGUAAAUACACAAACGCAAUUCAGCUGUGUGGAAUUUCUGCGUAA